UUUAAAUAAAGGGGCUUAAGUGGGCUAAGUUCGUUUUUUCAUCGGUAUGGCACGCUGAAAAGGCGCCAUUCUUAAGAAGCGUCCCUCCAUUUUUUUUAAACUCCUAAAUAAUUACUGCUCGACGUCAUAAUGCAGCGCCACAGGGAAUUAUAUAAACAGCAAUCACUUGCUUUCAGCCCACGCAAUUUCAAUGAGCAGAACCGGGAACUCCAGAAUGCGGCGCGUGCAAAACAGCGCGAGGAUCGUUUUCAAAGCAACCGCAUUAUUAGUGUUAGUCCAACUCCCGUCAAGCGUGCGGCACCUAUACCGCCUUCAGAGGAGGCGCAGCCACGCCUUACCUAUGUCGCUCCUCCUAAGGAGAAUCGAAAACCAGAGCUGCCUCAGCAGCAGAGGAACCCCACCCGGGACCUUUACAUAAAGCGCUCGUGGAUUGGAAGGCUGCCAGGAAGGAACAAACAAAGAACGAGCAAAUUGCUCGUCGUGGUCAAAAGAUGUUCACAUAUAAAACCGAAACACUUAAACCUGCGACAAACCCCCAGAAAGAGCAGGAGAACGCUCCGGCAUUUGUGCCGCCAUUAAGGCACUCCUUAUAUG